AUGAAUUUUAUCAAUUCCAUUACAUCAACUCUUAGUGCUAUCACUCCAACCCAGUACGGAUAUGGUGCUCUGGGUUUAUUAGGUCUUUAUUUUGGCAAGAAAUAUUUCAAUGGCGGUACAGUUAGUGCUGAUCUGUUGAAGAGUAAUCUUUCGGGAAGGAUUGUUAUUGUUACUGGUGCUUCGAUGGGAGGUAUUGGUUAUGAAACAUCAAGAGUAUUGCAUAGUUUAGGAGCUACCGUUAUUCUAGUUGUUAGAAAUGAACAGGCAGGUAAAGAAGCAAGAGAAGCUAUUUCCAAACAAAAUGGACAUGCUGACAGAUUGGUUGUCAUGUUAAUGGAUUUGACUGAUUUGGAAUCUGUUAAGAAGUUUGCUCAAGAAUUCAAAUCUAAAUUCAAUCAAUUGGAUAUUUUGAUUAAUAAUGCUGGAGUUAUGGCUUGUCCUCAUUCAACAACCAAACAAGGAAUUGAAAUUCAAUUUGGAUGCAACCACCUCGGCCACUUCUUACUCACUCUCUUACUUUUGGAUAUGAUUAAGAAAUCAAAUGGAAAAGUUAUUAACUUGUCAUCCUUGGCAGCUAAUUCAAGUGUAAGCUUUGUAAACAAAUAUGCCACCUUUGCUAUGGAUACAUUGAAAGGUGACUGUAAACAAACUAUGUCAACUCAUUCACUCUACAAGAGAUCCAAGCUUGCAAAUGUAUUGUUCACUAAAAAGUUGAGUAGAGAAUUAGCUUUGGAUACUACUACCACAGCUCAAACCUAUUCUUUACACCCCGGAGCGGUUAGCACGAAUCUCGGACGCUGGCUUGGAAGAGCUGUUACCUUUAUCUUAAUGACUAUCAUGUAUCCAAUCAUGUGGUUCUUGUUAAAAUCAGCUCACCAAGGUGCUCAAACAACUCUUCAUCUCGCCCUUUCUGAUAAAUCCAAGUUAAAACCUGGAAGCUAUUACAGUGAUUGCCAUGAAAAUAUUGGAAAUCCAUGUGAAGAUUCAAUUGAAUUACAAGAUCGUUUGUGGAAUAAUAGUAUUGAAAUUUGUAAAAAAUAUCUUGAGUAA